UAUUGACCUCUUGACCCAACUUCUUGCAUCCGCAUCCCGUCAGCCCGUCGAGUCUGACCUCCCUUCCCUUGGCCUUUCCUUGAACCUCCACAAUUUCUGCUGCAUCCGCUGCUGCUUUGGAUCUGUACACGCCGUUCUGGCAGUACACCGCUCGCGCCCGGCUGUAGCAAACAAGACAUCGGCAGGUAAGACCAGACGCAAUUAGGCAAAACAUUGACAGCCCCAGUUGUUCAGUUGUCAGCCAGCUUUCGAUCCAAUCCUUUCCUUGCGUCCGGUCGCCAUGGAUUACUCCGCCGCAUCUAACAAGUCAACUACCGGAAACCAGCUACCCCCUAUUCCCCGGCAGACUCGCCAACAAUCCCGCAGGAAGGUCAUCGAUCCUUCUAUGCACCUUCAUCUGCGUGACGACGACAAAGAUCGCGCCGGUAUACCUGCUGCUUCUCCUGAAGUUAUAUCAUCUUUAAUCACGAGUUUAUCCGUCAUUUCAAAGCCGGCGAACAAGCAUUUCGAGGGCCAAAGUUUGUCCCUACCAAACUCGCCGAAUUCGCCGCGAGAAGGCAGUUUCGGCGUUGACUACGGCGCCUUCAAUCACAAGCUCGGCAGGCUGCAGGAAGAAGAGAUCGAUCUCGACGAAUUGGCCGCUAGUCCCCCCACGAUUCGGACCGCGAAACCACCGUCCGGCUUCUCCCCCUUAACCGCCCCCAAGUCACCGCGUCGCGAAACAUCAGGCGGGCUGAAGUCCCUCCUGCGCAGCUCGUCUCGGCCGUCGUCGAAGGGAUCGCUUUCGUCGCAUGAUGAUACCCGAAGCAUCGGGAACCUUUCGGUUGAACGUGGGCUUCCGCCAACCCCUGAGUUGCGUAAACAACGAUCGCACGACAGCUGGGGAAAGAAGCAGGCUCGUAGUAGUAAAGGUCUGAUGUACAUGGGCUCAAAAGAAAGGUUACGUGUUAGUGACUCGGAAAAGAGGCGGACAAGUACUGGGUCAAUUGGUACUAAAUCUAACAGCUUGGGCGGCGUAUCACCCAGGCUCGAUACAACUCUUGCCGACACUCCGAUUCGUGAAGAACCAAGCGAUUCACCUACGAAAGAAAAUAUGCACGAUUUCAGCCCGUCAUCCCUUGAUUUUGAUUCUAGCCUCCAGCGGCCGAUUCCCGCGCGCGACUCCUCCCUGCGCAAGACGGGAACCAACGCAAAAAGGUCGUCUCAUAGGUCUUCACGAGGGAAGAGAGAAGGCGAUAGCGGACUCGCCGAUACUAUCCCGGAGGACUCUGAACAUACUCGCUCGCGCGAUCCUUCUAGCGGAAGGCGCCGACAUACAAGUCGCGCCAAUUCGGAAGUUGACACGAGGAAGAGGAGAGACGACCCUCUACCAGAAAUGCCACACACUACAAGAGCGAGCGUAUCUUCUACUAAAAGGAGCCAGGGAAAUAAUUAUGCGCACAAGCGCUCAGGAUCGUAUUCGACAGAUGCGAAUGCGUUUGAAGACGGCGCUCCAUUUCCGGCGGUAUCACAGAGCAGGAGGCGCAGCGCGCAUAGUACCGACCGUAGAAAGUCGGGCCGCACGACUCCAGACCCGGGAGAUAUAAUCAAGCCUAAACGAAGCAGUUCACGACUGAAACGUCUCUCAGCUGGAGCCAAGAGCCCUGAGCUUGAUAGAAGGAAUGAAGCCACUACCCCCGAGCCCACGGUGGGUUACGAGCGACCUGCAAGCGCUGAUUCCAUUGACGAUGCCGUUGAGUCUUAUCUUUGUUCGCCAAGACUGUCGCAGAAAAUCCGACACCCGCAAACAGGUCGUAUGAUAUCUUUCUCUGAGGUCGGCGACGCUGAAGGCUCGGCCGUUUUCUGCUGUGUUGGCAUGGGUCUGACUAGGUACAUCACUGCGUUCUAUGACGAGCUAGCGUUGACGCUCAAAUUGCGACUAAUCACCCCUGAUCGACCUGGCGUUGGUGAUAGCGAGGCUUAUGCUGACGGGACGGCGACACCCCUUAGCUGGCCUGACGAUGUCUACGCAAUCUGUCAAGCGCUUAAAAUUACCAAGUUCUCGAUACUUGCGCACUCUGCUGGCGCGAUAUACGCUCUUGCUACUGCGCUUCGUAUGCCACAACAUAUUCGUGGUCGUAUCCACCUCCUAGCUCCAUGGAUACCUCCGUCGCAGAUGAAUGUGUUCGGCACGUCACAGGCUCUACCUCCUACUAACGCCAUUCCCACAUCCCAACGAAUUCUUCGUGCCUUACCAACCCCUUUUCUCAAGGCGGCGAAUAGCUCAUUCAUGACAGCCACUAGCAGCUCGAUCACCAGCUCAUUGCCGAAGAACAGUCCUAAGCGUGGGAAGCGAAAGUCGUCUGCUCCUUCAGCACGUGAUUCGACCGCAGGGAAUCGCCGAGAUUUUACGCCUAGCUUAGAUAAAGAGAACAUUAUACAAGAGAACCCGGGCGGGAAGGGCUUGCCACCCUCCGCUAGCGAGAACAUGGACCAGUAUCGUCCAGCCGACAUGGAGUUCAACCCUCAGGCUGCUAUCAUCGAAGCUGCCGCCGACGCGUUAGCGGAUAAGGAGAGGCAGAUGACGUAUGAUACGCGACUUACUCACGCGAUCUGGGAACUCGCUACUACCGGCGCAAAUCCUGCUGUGGAUUUGCUUGUUUGCCUGGAGCGUAGGCACACGAUUGGGUUUCGUUAUGUAGACAUUACGCGCCCCGUCAUUAUUCAUCACGGCAGUAGGGAUACUCGUGUUCCGGUUGAGAAUGUCAAGUGGCUUGGGAAGACUAUGCGGAGAUGUGAGGUUCGUGUGCUGGAAGGCGAAGGGCAUGGGUUGAUGGCUAGCGCCACAGUGAUGAGCUCGGUAUUGAUGGAAAUAAGUAAGGAGUGGGAGGAUUGGAUGGUACUCACGAAUUCAAACCGGCGGACGGAUGAGCGAGGCAGGAGCGUACGAGCAAGUGCCCGAUAAAAAGCGAUGAUGAAUUACUUGGGGGAAAUCAUCUGCCACAUCAAAUCUGGCUUGGAUCAUACCCUGGCGAAUAGGAGUUUUGCAUUAUGGAUCGUUCUAUCAUGAACUUAAUGGCCGUCAGGGAUCCCACACAAGGGGACAUUGGUUUUUUUUUUGUCGUUUUAUAUAUACGCCAAGGAGAUUGGCGACGCUCAUGUCUGUGAGGCCCCUUCAACUUAGGCUUAGGAGAGCAAAG